AUGCAUCCAAAUUCAAUGCCUUCCCCUAAAAUUAUCGCUGUUUACGGGGCCACUGGGAACCAGGGCAGAAGUGUUGUGCAUGCUCUCCUGCGAGAUAAAUCAGGAGGAAUCAGACCUCGGGCCAUUACUCGCAACUCAGAAUCAGACUUCGCUAGGUCCCUAAAAGCCGCCGGCGCCGAGGUGGCCCAAGCGAAUGGCUUGAACCCUGAAGAUUUACAUAUCGCUCUCAAGGAUGCAUGGGGAAUUUUCGUCAAUACCGACUCUGAUGAUCCUUCCAUUGGCAAUGUUGGGAGCCCAAGCGAGACGGAUUUAGGCAAAGGUAUCGUGGACAUUGCGAUCAAGGCUGGGAUAAAAUGCUUCGUCUACAGCGGACUGGCUUCUGCCGGUCUUCUCACGGAUGGAAACGUCAAAUCUGACUGUUUCGAUGAAAAGUAUGCUAUUGCGAAAUACGCGGAGGCUCAACCAUUUGAGUACGUUGCAACGAUCUCCGCCGGCUGGUACAUGGAGAAUUUCCUCUCCGAAGAACUCUGCAGCGUUUUCGGCGGCUUCCCUCAUUUUACCGACGAGGACAACGUUCUCACUCUCAGCUGGCCCUCGUGGGGUGGCAAUGCGGAGGUGCCGUUAACCUCGAUUGCGGCCGACUUCGGCGACUUGGUGCAUGGGAUUCUACUGCAACCAGCCAAGUUCAACAGGGCGUUCAUUCAAGGGCUAAGCCAAUCCCGCACAUCGGAGGAGGUAGUGAAGGAUUUUGAACAAGUUACGGGCAAAAAAGCUCGAUACAUUCCCAUGCAGGACUGCAAAUCUUUUAACACCCGUGGGAAAAGGUUUUUGACCACUGUUCAGCAGAUGUUCGACUACUGCCAGCAAUGUGGCGGAUUGUACUUCGGGGCGCAACCAAGCAUCAGGGAGGCUGUUGAGCUAAAGCGUUUAGCUGCGGCGGCGCAAGGUCGGCCUCGGGAAGAUGCGAGACUGCAAUCCAUGAAGGAGUUUUUCCAGGACCAUUUUGGCGGGAAGGAGUUCUGA